GCGUCCGGAGAUUGCCGAGUGGAACCGAGUUCGAUUCCGAGGCGUUCUAGGAAGCACGAAACCAGCGCUGUUGAAUUUUCGCAAAGAAAACGAUAAAACUGAAAAUAAAUCUAUUUAAAAAACCCCGAAAGGUAUUUAAUAAACACGGGGAUGAAGGCGGGGGAGUUAGGCUGCGUCAUCGUCGCGUUGUUUGCAUGCUGCGAUGCGCUGAUAAGAGUCCCGUUAAUGAAGACUCGCACGCUGCGGCGGUCCCUGAUGGACAGCGGUCUGACGCUCCAGGAGCUACAGUCCCGGGGUGAAGCCGCGACCCGGGAGCCGGGGGUCCCCGAAUCGAGAACCGCAGUGACCCCCAACACCGAGCCUCUCCCAGAACGACUCACGAACUUCAUGGACGCUCAGUAUUACGGUCUCAUCGGAAUUGGAUCCCCACCUCAGAACUUCACCGUCGUGUUUGACACCGGAUCAUCCAAUCUCUGGGUUCCCUCGAUAAAAUGCUCCUUCCUGGACCUCGCCUGCUGGGUGCACCAUCGCUAUGAUUCGAGGAAGUCCAGCUCCUAUGUGAAGAAUGGGACCGCGUUCUCAAUCCAGUACGGGACGGGCAGUCUGUCUGGCUUUCUGAGUCGGGACACUGUGACUAUCGCUGGUUUGUCAGUCUCCUCUCAGCUGUUCGCUGAAGCCGUGAAGCAGCCGGGUAUCACGUUCCUGGUGGCUCGCUUCGACGGGAUCCUGGGACUGGGGUACCCCUCCAUCUCCGUGCAGGGGGCGCCCCCCGUCUUCGACACCGCCAUGAGCCAGAAACUGUUACCCCAAAACAUCUUCUCAUUCUACCUGAACAGGGACUCUGCAGGUGAGCUGGGAGGGGAGCUGCUGCUGGGGGGGGUCGACUCGAAGCAUCACAGCGGAGAUCUCCACUAUGUGAAUGUGACCCGCAAGGCGUACUGGCAGAUCAAGCUGGAUGGGGUUGCCGUGGGUAACCAGCUGUCUCUGUGCAAGGGCGGUUGCCAGGCGAUAGUGGAUUCCGGAACUUCCCUGAUCACAGGCCCCGCCCAGGAGAUACGAGCCUUGCAGAAAGCGAUUGGAGCCACGCCCCUUUUCAUGGGAGAGUACCUGAUUGACUGCAAGAAGAUCCCGUCUCUUCCUGUGGUGAGCCUCACCCUGGGAGGGAAGCAGUUCAACCUGACUGGAGAGGAUUACGUGCUGAAGGAAUCUCAGGCCGGAAUCUCGAUCUGCCUCAGCGGGUUUCUGGGAUUGGACAUUCCGCCCCCUGCAGGGCCGCUGUGGAUUCUGGGAGACGUUUUCAUUGGUCGUUAUUACAGCGUGUUCGACCGAGAGAGAGAUAGAGUGGGGUUCGCCCCGGCAGUGUGAGCGAGCGACCGCCUUUCAAACCCAUCCUCUCACCUCUUAUUAGCUUUAUUAACAGGAUCACUGGCCCCUCCCUUUAAAGGAGCGCUGACCAUCUUUAAAAUCCAUUCUCUCACCUCUUAUUAGCUUUAUUAACAGGAUCGCUGACCCCUCCCUUUAAAGGAGCGCUGACCAUCUUUAAAAUCCAUUCUCUCACCUCUUAUUAGCUUUAUUAACAGGAUCACUGGCCCCUCCCUUUAAAGGAGCGCUGACCAUCUUUAAAAUCCAUUCUCUCACCUCUUAUUAGCUUUAUUAACAGGAUCGCUGACCCCUCCCUUUAAAGGAGCGCUGACCAUCUUUAAAAUCCAUUCUCUCACCUCUUAUUAGCUUUAUUAACAGGAUCACUGACCCCUCCUUUUAAAGGAGCGCUGACCAUCUUUAAAAUCCAUUCUCUCACCUCUUAUUAGCUUUAUUAACAGGAUCACUGACCCCUCCUUUUAAAGGAGCGCUGACCAUCUUUAAAAUCCAUUCUCUCACCUCUUAUUAGCUUUAUUAACAGGAUCACUGACCCCUCCCUUUAAAGGAGCGCUGACCAUCUUUAAAAUCCAUUCUCUCACCUCUUAUUAGCUUUAUUAACAGGAUCGCUGGCCCCUCUCUUUAAAGGAGCGCUGACCAUCUUUAAAAUCCAUUCUCUCACCUCUUAUUAGCUUUAUUAACAGGAUCACUGGCCCCUCCCUUUAAAGGAGCGCUGACCAUCUUUAAAAUCCAUUCUCUCGCCUGUUUUUUUAUUAAAUGGAGUAUUAUUAUUAUGCAAAUCAUGAGAACAAAUUAAUAAGAUGUUUUUUAUAUAUAAUAUAAUUUUCAAUAAGCAUACAUGCUUUGUAAUGAAACUGAAUUAAAAAUAUUAAGAAUUAUAUUGUAGCGUCAAACUGAACAGGAUUGUGAGGCCCUGUCUGUCUGUCUGUGUGUCUGUGUGUCUGUCUGUGUCUCUCUGUGUGUCUGUGUGUCUAUGUGUGUCUGUCUGUCUGUCUGUGUCUCUCUGUGUGUCUCUCUGUGUGUCUGUCUGUGUGUCUAUGUGUGUCUGUCUGUCUCUGUGUCUGUCUGUCUGUCUCUGUGUGUGUCUGUCUGUGUCUCUCUGUGUGUCUGUCUGUGUGUCUGUCUGUGUCUCUCUGUGUGUCUGUCUCUGUGUGUGUUUGUCUGUGUCUUUUUGUGUCUGUUUGUCUGUGUCUCUCUGCGUCUCUCUGUCUGUCUGCAGCUUAACCCCAAAAACUAAUACAUAAAUAAAUACAAUUACUACCAUUUUAUAAAGUAUAAAUAUUUCAAAAUGAUAUUGAAUGCAUCUGCUUUGUAUCGGGAAAGCCAUGAUGAUACUUGCUUAUUACUAAAUAAAAUGCUUUGAUUUGGAGAAA